AUGGGGUGCUCUUUUUAAAAGUAGGGAGUUCUGGUUUAAAAAACACAACUUUCAUUAUUCCCUAAGCUUUUUCCAACUGGAGCUGACAUCUUCGAUGAAGUAAAAGAUGUAGAUAAAAAACUAUUUGGUGUCAUAUUAGAAAUAUUAAGAAAGGAGAAAGUAAAAGAUUGCAUAGGAUUUCUAUCAGAUAUUAGGAAUUGGAGACAAUUAGAAUCAUAAAUCUUAUAACAAGCAGGGAAUUUCACCAAAACUGAUACAUAAUAGAAAUUGUCUGUUGUAAGAAAAGACAUGAAAUUAAUUACAGAUGUCUUAUAAAAAUUAAAAGACCAUGACUUAAAUUAAAAAGACUUUUCAUCUGAAGAAAAUUAAGAAUCUACAUAAAAUCUAAUUAAGAGCAUCAAUGAUAAUAAAUAGAUCAUAGAAUUUUUGGAAUUUUUAGUUGUCCUCACAUCUUUAGAUGACACUUUGAUUCAAUGUGGAUCAAACUCAUUACAUUCAUUAGUUUAAAUGAGGGUGGACCUUAGAAACAAAAAUUUUGAAAAAAUUAAGAUAAAAAAUAUUUCGUUACAAGGAGCUAAUUUUGUUGGAUGUAAUUUUAGUGAAUCCUAAUUAAAUAAUGUCAACAUAGGCGGAAUAAAUCUGAAUGGAACAUAAUUAUUUAAUUGCAAAUGGAGGGACUUAAAAAUCCCUGAAUUAAAAAAAUUAAAUGGUCAUAUUUAUGAAAUCUACUCAGUCUGUUUCUCUCCUGAUGGAAUUACAAUAGCCUCUGGUAGUUCUGAUAACUUUAUCCGUUUAUGGGAUGUCAAAACAGGAUAAUAAAAAGCCAAAUUAGAUGGUCAUCGUUUUGGUAUCUACUCAGUUUGUUUUUCUCCAGAUGGAAAUACAUUAGCUUCUGGUAGUCAUGAUUAGUCUAUCCGUCUUUGGGAUACUAAAACAAAAAAGAAAAAAGCCAAAUUAAUUUUUCAUACUGACACUGUUUACUCAGUCUGUUUUUCUCCAGAUGGAAAUACAUUAGCUUCUGGUAGUAAUGAUAAGUCUAUCCGUCUAUGGGAUGUCAAAACAGGAUAAUAAAAAGCCAAAUUAGAUGGUCAUACUAGUACUGUCUACUCAGUCUGUUUCUCUCCUGAUGGAAAUACAUUAGCUUCUGGUAGUAAUGAUAAGUCUAUCCGUCUAUGGGAUGUCAAAACAGGAUAAUAAAAAGCCAAAUUAGAUGGUCAUACUAGUACUGUCUACUCAGUCUGUUUCUCUCCUGAUGGAAAUACAUUAGCUUCUGGUAGUAAUGAUAAGUCUAUCCGUCUAUGGGAUGUCAAAACAGGAUAAUAAAAAGCCAAAUUAGAUGGUCAUACUAGUACUGUCUACUCAGUCUGUUUCUCUCCUGAUGGAAAUACAUUAGCUUCUGGUAGUAAUGAUAAGUCUAUCCGUCUAUGGGAUGUCAAAACAGGAUAAUAAAAAGCCAAAUUAGAUGGUCAUACUAGUACUGUCUACUCAGUCUGUUUCUCUCCUGAUGGAAAUACAUUAGCUUCUGGUAGUAAUGAUAAGUCUAUCCGUCUAUGGGAUGUCAAAACAGGAUAAUAAAAAGCCAAAUUAGAUGGUCAUACUAGUACUGUCUACUCAGUCUGUUUCUCUCCUGAUGGAAAUACAUUAGCUUCUGGUAGUAAUGAUAAGUCUAUCCGUCUAUGGGAUGUCAAAACAGGAUAAUAAAAAGCCAAAUUAGAUGGUCAUACUAGUACUGUCUACUCAGUCUGUUUCUCUCCUGAUGGAAAUACAUUAGCUUCUGGUAGUAAUGAUAAGUCUAUCCGUCUAUGGGAUGUCAAAACAGGAUAAUAAAAAGCCAAAUUAGAUGGUCAUACUAGUACUGUCUACUCAGUCUGUUUCUCUCCUGAUGGAAAUACAUUAGCUUCUGGUAGUGAUGAUAAGUCUAUCCGUCUAUGGGAUGUCAAAACAGGAUAAUAAAAAGCCAAAUUAGAUGGUCAUCGUUUUGGUAUCUACUCAGUCUGUUUCUCUCCAGAUGGAAAUACAUUAGCUUCUGGUAGUCAUGAUUAGUCUAUCCGUCUAUGGGAUGUCAAAACAGGAUAAUAUAAAGCCAAAUUAGAUGGUCAUACUAGUACUGUCUUCUCAGUCUGUUUCUCUCGUGAUGGAAAACAAUUAGCUUCUGGUAGUGGUGAUAACUCUAUCCGUCUUUGGGAUGUAAAAACAGGAGAAUAAAAAAGCAAACUAGAUGGUCAUACUAAUUAUGUCUACUCAAUUUCUUAAUCUCCUGAUGGAAAUACAUUAGCUUCUGGAAGUAAUGAUAUGUCUAUCCUUCUAUGGGAUGUCAAAACAGGUUAAUAAAAAAGUAAAGUAAAUGGACAUACUUGUACUGUCUUGUCAGUCUGUUUCUCUCCUGAUGGAAAUAAAUUAGUUUCUGGUAGUAGUGAUAUGUCUAUCCGUCUAUGGGAUCUCAUAACAGGAUAAUAAUAAGCCAAACUAGAUGGUCAUACUAGUGCUGUCUUCUCGGUCUGUUUCUCUCGUGAUGGAAAAAAAUUAGCUUCUGGUAGUGCUGAUAAGUCUAUCCGUAUUUGGGAUGUCAAAAUAGGAUAAUAAAUUGUUAAAUUGGACGGUCAUUCUCAUAUUGUCUUCUCAGUCUGUUUUUCUUCUUGUGGAAAAAAAUUAGUUUCUGGUAGUGUUGAUAGGUCUAUCCGUCUUUGGGAUGUCAAAACAGGAUAAUAAAAAGCCAAAUUGGACGGUCAAACUGGUUAUGUCUAUUCAGUUUGUUUCUCUCCAGAUGGAAAGACAAUAGCCUCUGGUAGUUCUGAUAACUCUAUCUGUUUAUGGGAUGUCAAAACAGGAUAAUUAAAAACCAAAUUAGAUGGUCCUCGUUAUGAUAUUUACUCAGUUUGUUAUUCUCCAGAUGGAAAUACAUUAGCUUCUGGAAGUGAUGAUUCAUCUAUUAGUCUAUGGGAUGUCAAAACAGGAUAAUAAAAAGCCAAAUUAGAUGGUCAUACUCAUUAUGUCAACUCAGUCUGUUUCUCUCCUGAUGGAAAUACAUUAGCUUCUGGUAGCGAUGAUAAGUCUAUCCGUCUAUGGGAUGUCAAAACAGGUUAAUAAAAAGUCAAAUUAGAUGGUCAUCGUGAUUCUGUUAGAUCAGUCUGUAUUUCUCCUGAUGGAAAUACAUUAGCUUCUAGUAGUUAUGAUAAGUCUAUCCGUCUAUGGGAUGUCAAAACAGGUGAAUAAAAAGGCAGACAUACUAGUACUGUCUAGUCAGUCUGUAUUUCUCCUGAUGGAAAUACAUUAGCUUCUAAUAGUUAUGAUAAGUCUAUCCGUCUAUGGGAUGUCAAAACAGGUUAAUAAAAAGGAAAAUUGGAUGGUCAUGGUAAUUGUAUUAACUCAGUCUGUUUCUCUCCUGAUGGAAAUACAUUAAUUUCUGGUAGUUCGGAUAACUCUUUCUGUCUAUGGGAUGUCAAAACAGGAUAAGUAAUUAAAUCAUCUGAUAAAAACUACAAAGAUAUUCUAGCUUAAUUUAAGGCACCAAUUUUUUAGAACAAUCCUCAACUAUGUAUUUGUUAUAUUAUUAUUGCUUAGUCUCUAAUCAUUCAAUUCUUGUCAUAUCACAAGACAUAAUAUUGGAAGCAUCAGGUACACUUAUCUUAUAAGGAGAAUUUAUAAACCAUUAAGGAAAAGAUAUGAAACCUUUAUUUAAAUCUAAAGGAAGUUGCUUUUUAGAAGACUUAAAGCAAAAAUGA